GUCCACUCCCUGUCUCACUCUCGUCUUCUUCUCCUCCUCUACCACACACUCCUUCUGGCGCGCAUGCCGCCCCCCAACUCGAAGCGCAGCCGCAGACGCAGCUGCAAAGCCUUUGCCCUCUUCCUCGCCGCCCGGGCCCUCCCGUGCGCCCACGCCCAGGCGAACCGCACGCUCGACGACUUCUCCCCGGCGCUGGUCUACACGCCCGCGACGCCGCCGGCGCUCGUCCGCGGGGCCCUCGCCGGCUUCAACGUCAGCGAGCUGUACAACGGCACGGUCGCCGUGCUCAACGCGACCGCCGCGCCGGGGCACAGCGUGAACAUGAGCGUCAAGUUCACCGGCACGGAGAUCUAUGUCUUUUUGGCCAAACCGCAGAACGCGAGCGCCGGCGCGUACGGGAUCGCGUACAACGUGUACCUCGACGGCGCGCAGGUGGACCAGGUCGGGUCGUUCGACCAGGACACGGACGCGGAGUACGCCCAGGAGGGGUACACGAACAGCAACUUGAACCUCACGCUGAAGGCGCACACGCUGGUCUUCGAGGCGACGGACGGGGCGGUGUACCUCGACUACGUCGUCUUCCGCUCGAACAACCCCACGCCCGAAACCAGUAUUGCCCCGAUCAAAGCACUGCCCUCGCCGUCGUCUGCCGCCCCGUCCGGCAGCGCCGCGGCGACGGGCACGAAGUCGCGGCCCGGGGAGACCCCGCUGGCGAGCGCGGUCGCAGAGCGGAAGCGCAGCCGCGUCCCGCUGAUCGCCGGCGCGGCGGCGGCCGUGCUGUGCCUCCUCGGCGCGGGUGUCGCGGCGUGCAUCUGUCUGCGGCGCCGGAACGCGCGCAGGCCGGCGGCGGCGGUGUUGCCCGGCGGGCCCGGGCCGUACCCGGCGAUGAGCCAGAGCUUGAGCUAUGCCGGCGGGCAGGUAUAUGCGAGCGACGCCGCGCUCGUGGGCUCGCAGCACUCCGUGUCCGCGCAUGGACAUGCGCCGUACGGGUAUACCGAUGCGCCGCCGCCGCUGCCAAGUCAGCAGCAUAACCUGUAUCAACACCCACCACACUUACAGCCGCAGGCGUACGACUCCCCGAUGCCCAACCUGUACCUCUCCCCACCCGCGCAACCACAGCCGAUGACAUACCCACCCGCGCCCUCACCCGUGUCCCCACCGCUCACCUCGCCCUCCGCGUACUCCCCCGUCUCCCCAUCCGACACAUACGCAUACGCCCCGCCCACGCCGACAGCGUACGACCCGCGCGGGGCCGCAACGCUCGCCUACACGCCCUCGCAGUCGUCCCAUUCCUCGCGCUCCGCGUACGACGAGCGCGCGCGCAUCCUCGCGGAGCAGCGCCGCAUCGAGGCGGAGUACGAGCGGCCCGGGUGGGCGUCACUGUCGGGCGCGGAGGAGAAGCGCCGGCUGCGCGAGCACGAGGAGCGCCUGGGCGUGGCGAACCCCGGACCGCUCUCGCCGGCGUCCCCGGCGUCGUCGUCAGCGGGGAUGCAGCGCAGCUGGAGCACUCGCACGGGCACGAGCGGGAGCGGCGCGGGAGCGGAGGACAUCUCGCACAUCGCGGCGGAGAUGCACGCGCUGCGCGCGCAGGUCGCGCGUCUCGAGGGCGAGCGGCUGGAGCGCGAGGGGCGUCCCGCCGCCGGCGUAUGA